AUAGGAACUUUCUUCCAUCUCUCUCAAGAUCUUGAGUUGGGAGGAGAAAAGAGGCUGAAAUUUGCUCAAAAUUUGUGUCCUCAUCUCCCCUAUCCAAUUAAAAAUUGUGUCUUUUAGAGCUAUUGGGCCACCAAAUUUCUAAAUCCCAUUAUUGUCGUUUCUUGAAUUUCAUUCAUGUGGCUGUAAUUGAAAUUCAAGAUUCUUUUACUAUCAGAUUUAUCAGGUACACAUUAGUCCACCGAGCUUAUAACUUUGUUAAAAUAUGGAAAAAGACUCCACCUUUGAUGUACUGAUGAUAAUGGGCAUUGAGUGAUAUCAUUUGGAUUUCAGAUUGUGGAAUUCAUUUGGUUGACUUGGUGGACAUUCAUAACUAGCUAGGAUUUUCCAAUGGGUGAUAUAGCCAAGGAUUUAACAGCUGGGACUGUAGGUGGGGUAGCACAAUUGGUCGUUGGUCACCCUUUUGAUACCAUAAAGGUCAAGCUUCAAAGCCAGCCUACUCCACUUCCAGGGCAGCUUCCAAAAUAUUCUGGUGCUAUAGAUGCUGUCCGGCAAACAUUAGCUGCGGAAGGUGCCGGGGGGCUGUUCAAAGGCAUGGGAGCCCCACUUGCCACUGUUGCAGCCUUUAAUGCUCUGCUCUUCACCGUGAGAGGUCAAACAGAGGCAUUCUUGAGGUCUGAACCUGGAGUCCCUCUUACUGUGAGCCAACAAGUCGUUUGUGGGGCUGUUGCCGGAACUGCUGUGUCUUUUCUUGCUUGCCCAACUGAGCUUAUAAAAUGCAGAUUGCAAGCUCAGGGUGCAUUGGCAAGUAUAGGCUCAGCUGCUGUGGCAGUGAAAUAUGCAGGGCCAAUGGAUGUAGCAAGACAUGUUCUUCGAUCCGAAGGAGGCAUGAUGGGUCUCUUCAAGGGCUUGUUUCCCACCAUGGCACGUGAAAUACCCGGAAAUGCUGCUAUGUUUGGCAUGUAUGAAGCACUAAAGCAGUACUUUGCAGGAGGCACGGACACUUCAGGGUUGGGAAGAGGUUCUCUUAUUGUAGCAGGUGGCCUGGCUGGUGGUUCCUUCUGGAUGUCGGUGUAUCCAACAGACGUGAUCAAGAGUGUAAUCCAAAUCGAUGACUAUAAAAACCCAAAAUUCUCUGGCUUUUUUGAUGCUUUCAAGAAGAUCUUGGCAUCGGAGGGAAUCAAAGGCCUUUACAAGGGCUUUGGACCUGCUAUGGGACGUAGUGUCCCUGCAAAUGCUGCAUGUUUCUUGGCGUAUGAGAUGGCUAAGUCUAGUUUGGGAUGAUUCAUUGUUGAUGGGGAAGGAUUUUAGACAUUGUUAUUGAUAAUUCUUUGAACCUAACAUCUGCUGAAAUUCUGUAAUUUGCAGUUCAACUUCCAGCUGAGCAACUCUGCUUUUAUAGAUUUAGGCCAUUUUUUCCUUUGGUGGCUUCAAGAAGCAAAUUGUUUUUAAGAAACAAAUUCUGUCUUUAAAAAAUAAAAAAAGUGUCCUUUCGUAGUUAA